CUGGAACUACACCUUCGUUCAGAGCCUUCCCAAGUUUGGAUCGCGCCAAGUGCAUUGAGGCGUCCCUUCAGCCGACGUGACCCCGCCAAAAGCUUUUAAAGAAACCCAGGAAAUUACCUGUCGCAACCUGGGGGGGGCAGCUUGCUCUGGUCGCGAAAGUCGCAGACCUUCUAGACCAGCGACACGGACUAGUACGCCACUUACGGCGCAGACAUUAGCUGUGAACACUUACCAACAUGAGCACCGGCUGGUGGAUCGCGAAUCCGGCCGGCGGCCAGCCGCUGGGCCCCUACGCGGAGCCGGCGCUCAAAGGCCUGCUGGACGACGGCCACGUCAGCGGCGACAGCCACGUGUGGACGGAGGGGCGGGCCGAGUGGAAGAAGCUGAGUGAGACGGAGGACCUGGCGUAUCUGGUGCGGGACCCCGAGCAGGAGGAGGGAGCAGGCAGCCGGCCCAAGCGGGUCAAGAGGGAUGAGUUUGAGAUCUUGGAGGCUGAGCAGGCGGCCAUGGAGGCGGAGCGGGCAGCCAAGGCGGCGGCUGCGGCGGAAGCAGCCAAGGCGGCGGCGGGCGAGGAGCCGGGCAUUGGCGAGAGGCCUGAGACGCCUGAGGAGCUGGAGUUUGAGGACGACGAUGGGACCACCUACGUGUGGGACACCAAGCUGCGCAAGUACAUGCCCAAGGGCGGCGCCGCGCCCGCCCCCGAGGAGCUGGGGUACGACCUGGAGGCCAUGACGUACGCGCCCGAAGACGAGGUGAUUCCCACGCUGGCCCAGGUCCGGGCGGCGGAGGUUGAGGCGGAGGAGGCGGAGGAGACACAAAAGCGCGACCGUAAAAAAGCGGGCAAGGACGCAAGCAGCAGCGGCGCAGACGGGGCUGACGGCGGCAAGGGCGGCAAGAAGGGCGCGGCGCACGGCAAAGGGCACAAGGGCCACGGGGAGGAGGCCGCGGCUAAAGGCACCAACGGUGCAGGGGCGGCAGGGGCUGUGGCGAGGCCGGCAGAGGGCGGGGAAGGCGCGGCGGCAGCAGGGGCCACUGCUGAGGGUGGCGAGGGGGCGACAGAAGUGAUUGCCGGCCGGCGGCGGAAGGGCAAGGGCAAGGAGGAGAAGCCCGCCAACUGGUUUGACCUCAAGAUCAACACCAACGUGUAUGUGACGGGCCUGCCACUGGACGUGACGCUGGUGGAGGUGGCGGAGACGUUUGGCAAGUGCGGCGUGAUCAAGGUGGACGAGAAGGGCCAGCCGCGCAUCAAGCUGUACAGGGACAAGGACACCGGCGACCUCAAGGGGGAUGCGCUGGUGUCGUACCUCAAGGAGCCGUCUGUGGACCUGGCCUGCCAGUUCCUGAACGGCGCCUACUUCAGGGCCGGCAUGGGGCACACUAUGACUGUUGAGAAGGCGCAGUUCCAGAUGAAGGGCGAGACGUACGUGGGCAAGUCCACCAACAAGCGCGACAAGAAGAAGCAGCUGGCCGCGCUGGAGGCGCGCGCGCUGGGCUGGGCGGGCUUCGACGACCGCGCGCCGCCGGAGCGCACCACCACGGUGCUGAUGCACAUGUUCGCGCCGGACGACUUCCUGGACAACAUGCUGCUCACAGAGGAGCUGGAGCAGGACGUGCGGGCCGAGUGCUCCAAGCUGGGCCACAUCGACAAGGUCCGCAUCUUCAAGCACAACCCGCAGGGUGUGGUGACGAUUCGCUUCCGCACGCCGGACGCGGCGCAGGCGUGCGUGGGCCUCAUGAAUGGGAGGUACUUUGGCGGCCGCAAGCUGGAGGCAUUCAUGUGGGACGGCUUCACAAACUACAACGUCAAGCCCAAGGAGAGCGCGGAGGAGGAGCAGGCCCGUCUGGAGGCCUUUGCCGCCGAGCUGGAGGCCAGCGGCGACAAGGAGGGAGCCGCCAAGGCCACCGCCGCCGCCGCCGAACACAAGGCCGGCAUGGCGGCCGCGGCGGCUGAAGCGGCAAAGACGGAGGCGGAGGCGGCUGCGGCAGCCGCAGGGGCGCCUGGGGAGGCGGGCGCGGGUGCGGCAGGGGCGGAGGCGGUGGCGGAGGUGGCGGCCCAAGGGCAGCCGAUGGAGUCGUAGGCUUUGGGCACACUUGAUGUUCGAGCAAAGCGGAUGCAGCUGUAGCGGCAGGCAGGCAGCAGGAGUGCUGGCUGGCGGUGGUGUCUUGCAAGGGAAGCACACGGAGGUGACGAGAUGGUCCUGGGGCCGUGGGGGAAACCUUAUGGAAACCCUCUUGCUUUGACUUUCUGCGUAUUAUUAUCAUACCAGAGGUAGGCAGCCACACUCUCUUGCUGUGUACGUGCGUCGAGCUUGGCGCAAGAGGCCUCGAUUACAAGUUCCGGCCUGGAAGUUGCUUUCGCACUUAUUUGUAAGCCGCCCGAGUU